CCAGGCCUCCUCGGCUCGCUCGUCCUUUAUGGAAAGCGGGGAAAACCCGGCGGGUUUACCCCUGCGGCGUUUUCCGGGCGCUGGGAGCAAAGCCGUGCCGUGCCGAGGACUGCCCGUCAGCCAGCGCGCUCCGUGCCGGCCCACGGAGAGCAGCGGCGCCGCCUGCCCCGGGAAAUAACCUGCCUGGCCACCUCCUCACUCCUCUUUUCCUUUCUUGUUUCUCUUCCUUGCGAACCAGCUGGCGGAGCAUCGCCAAGUCGCCGCAGGAAUUCACCAGGACGGUGCUUCACGCCGAUCGCAGGGAUCGCUGGUGCAUCAGGCGGAGCACAGGAGGGAGCCAUGGUGUGCAUUCCCUGCAUCGUGAUCCCUGUUCUGCUCUGGGUCUACAAGAAGUUUGUGGAGCCCUACAUCUACCCCAUGAUCGCCCCCUUCAUCAAGCGCAUCUGGCCCAAGAAGGCCGUGCAGGAGCCACCAGGCACCAAGCAGGGGCCAGGAGGCAGCACCGGGGACCCUCGGGGACCUGCAGCCGCCAGAAGAGACCCGGAGGAUGGAUCUGGAAGCCAUAAGUCUGAAAGCAAUGGCAUUGCAAAUGGAAGUGCUGCAAAGAGAUCCACCGCAGUAUAUGACAAGAAAAUGGCUUAAAGGAGUUAAUUCCUAAGGAUUUUAUUCCCUCAUGUACAGUAUGAACUGCUGAUAUUCCUCUCAAUUUGAGACUUUUUUCUUUGCACAUUUUAGCUGAAUAAAAAACUUAAUUGCUUGCAGGACAGAGUCUCUUUUGCCACUGAAAUGGCAGCUGGCGCAUUUGUUUAUGUAAAAUGUCUGAAAGCUGAUGUUCUCGGAUUUUUCUCGCUGGAACUACUUUUCAUCUGCCAUCUGUUUGGUGUGAUUAGACUUUAGGUUAAAUAAUGUAAGAAAAAAAUCUGUCUAUGGAAGGUAAAUGUAUCUUAGCAUCUUGAUGUCACUAAAUGCUAGUGCAGUACUUGAGGCUUUCCUCUUAAAGGCUUUAUCUGUUCUUGGUGAAGAACUGUGGACUGCAUUGUGACAAAAAAAAGCUCAUAAAUUAUUGAUGAAGAAUUAAUUUUUUUCAUGUCAAAUCUGUGGAUCAGCUAAAGGAGUUAUGCUACAUACAAAAUUUACUUAGCUUACUAAAAGCAGAAAGUCUUGAUGUGAUACUUCCCUUAAUUAUUUUCCUUGAAAUAUUAUGCCUUUUUUUCUCCUGAGGCAUGAUGCAAGAGAAUGUUGCUUUAUGUGCUGUUGUAGUGAUUUAUAAUGGCGCAGUUCUUGCUUUUAAAAAAAAAAUACCUAACAUCCAACUAAAACCUCUUUAUCAUGCUUGUGGAAUUUUCAUUAUAAUAAACCAGGAUUUUACUUAAAAAUAA